CGCUGAUCUUGAACACUUGACUACCUCCAGGGCUCCAUGGGCGACUGUACAGCAGCUAAUGCACUAUCGAGCCCCUUGCAUACCACACACUCAGGAACGCAGAUGCACAUUUGUCGCACAGCAUGGCAAGCGACAUAACAGAGCCGCCGACUGCGGCGCCACAGAAAAUGUCACGUUACCGCAGUGUGAGACGCGCGCAGGAGCAGCAGGCGCAACAAUCGCAGCAGCAUUCCAUACCUCCAAUGCCCCCGGUACCCGCCAUGCCCGAGCUGCAUACUUCUGGAGGUGAUCAGUGCGAAGCGCCCAAUAGCAACAUAGGCAGAAGCAUGAGCCGUUACCACCGCCGUCCUCCCACCACGCACGCGACCAGUCCCAACGCACCGCCUCUACGCUCUAACACCGCUCCACAAGCCCCUCCACUACCCCAGACCGCGCUACCACCCUCCUCUUCUGCCCGUCACCGCGCCUUGAGCACACCGCAGCAGCCGUCAAACACCGCAAACAAUGCCCAGCCCCGCCCGCGGACCGCCAAACACCGCGCAGAAGCUACGCCUCCUCUCCCUAGAGACGCUCGACAGCAGGUGCAGCAGCAGCAGUAUGAAGACCCACGGGUGGUCCUGCAGAAAGAGAGGGAGCGCCAGCGGCUCCUGAAGGAGAAGAUGGAGGCCGAGGCACGCGCACAGAAGGAAGCCAAGCUAGCUGAGAUUGAGCGGCUAGAGAAGCUGCGACAGGAAGAAGAAGAGGCAGCCCGGCUGGAAGCUGAACGCGUAGCUGAAGCUGCCGAAGCGCUGCGACUACAAAGGGAAGAGGAGAAGGCCGAAAAAGAACGCGGGAAGAAGCUGCGCAAAGCUGAGGCACAGAAAAUGAUCGAGCAGAAGAAGGAGGAGGAGCGCAGAGCGAAGCUGGAGAAGGAGAACAGAGCACGUCUGGCGGAGAAGUCGCGUACGUUUUUGUCGCAGUCGUCGGGCUCGCCCCCAGUAUCACCUCCACGGCAGGAGGGUUUCGGGCUGUUCAAGCGGCGGAAAGAUGAAGGCUUGUCGCUCUCAAGUGACGAACGCCCUACUACUGACAGACCUCGAACUGCGAGGCAGAACAGCUCCAACGAACAGUCGGACGCCAGACCUCGCACAGCCAGACAACCAAGCAGCAGCAAUCAGCCGGAAGCCAUUUUGUCUGGGGGCGGCGGCGCUGUUCUCGGUAUCGACGCUCCAACCUCGGCGGUAAAUGGCGGCGAAAGGCGUGUUACAGUCGUAUACAACAAGAAGCGCAUCCAGCUACCGGUCACACCGACGACCACUUCGCUCGACCUUUUCAAAUCAGCCGACCUUAUUCUCACAGACACGGUUCCAGUUCGAACGGCUGUGGCAAUGGAAUGGUUCAAGAAGGUGGACAUCAAGCGACCACUACGCAACUACGAGUACGUCCGUGACGUGAUGAACUCCUGGGACUUUGACGAUCAGAACGAGCUCAUCAUCGUUGACUCAUUGGACGGAGGCAUCGACCAAGACGAACUGCUUUCCUAUGGAGUACCAGACAAGAGGCCCGAGGGCGUGUCAUGCAUGAUGAAUUACUCGUCGAGACCUGGCAAGUGGGCGAAACGCUACUUCCUUCUACGACCAGACGGCCAACUUGUCACCGCCAAGAACGAGAAAGCGAGGGAUCAGGAGAACGUGUGCCAUCUCACUGACUACGACAUCUACCACGUCACACAGGCGAAAAUUGCGAGAGUAAAACCACCGAAGAAAAUUUGCUUUGCUGUUAAGAGUUUACAGAAAUCCAACAUCUUCGCAGACGAGUCGCAGUACGUCCAUUUCUUCUGCACCAACGACAAGGACAUCGCAAAUACAUUCUGGAAGGCUCUGCAAGUCUGGCGAAGCUGGCAUCUCAAACAUGAGAAGGGUGAAGGUCUGAAGAAGUCACCAGGAACGAAGAGAGUACUGGACAGCGCUGGACCUGGCAUAUUACCUGGAGCAUCAUCACACAGCCGCGGCGAUUCAGUGGGGUCGCACUACCAGUUGGGUGCAUUUACGUCACUUAUUGACAUGAGUGAUUUCAACAAGAAAUUGGACGAGAUCGAAGUCCACAAGCCGGGAGAAUACCCAGACGAUGCACCGCUUUCGAAGUUGGGUGGUGCGCAAGCUAUGCAUGCUCGAAGGCGAUCUGUUCGAGCCAAGCAACCACCGCCUCUCAGUCGCGGUCUUGCUGCGCUUGCAACGAACAAUGCCCCCGAAGACAACAGUCGCCAAAAUUCCAUCACGCAGAGUUACAGAUCGCAAGACGAGGAAACAUUCGCCGCUGGUGGGCUUCUCGGUCGGACCUACACAACUCGCCAAAAGGCAGCGCAAGACCGCGAGCAGAAGCAGAAUGGUGCUUUCACGGAGGGACCUUCACUAAUUAGCAACAUGGAUCACAUGGCUGCACAGGGCGGAUCUGGUCUUAAUCGCAGCUCUUCCACGCGAAGCAAUCAUCACAGGAGGACAUCGAGCGACAUUCGACGCACUGCGUCCAAGCGUAUUCCUGGGAUGCCACAGCCUCUGGUCGACCUGACACCGCAGUACCGCCCUCCACCCCAGUUCGCCAAGCAAGGCAAAGGCUACAAUCCCGGGGCUGGCGCAGGUCCACUUGUAGAAAGCGCGACUUCGAUGGAAGAAGCUAUCCAAGUUCCUUCAUCUACAGACUGGCGCGCUCGAGCUCGUCCAGUCUAUGCUCCCCAGCCAAACGAGCGGACUAAGUCGCUGAAGGGUCGCGGCGAGCCAUUGGCAGCCCACACCUUCAAUAACCACAGCGGCGCACCACAAGACGACAGGGAGGCCUUCACCGGUGGAUUGUUGUCGCAAGCCAGCUAUGCUCAAGGGAAUGCAAAGGUCGGUCGAGGAGUCAUGGACGGUUCGAAGGCACGUGGUCCCAUGCUGGAUUUCGGGGACGAGAAACAGUUUCAGUCAGGCAGUCUGCUGGCGAACAUCGGAAGCACAAAUGCGCCUGUCAUCGAUCGAUCAGGCAGAUAGCGUUUGGCUGAUCAACGUGUGGACGGCAGGAGGAGGAGUAAUGGGUAGAAGACGGAUCGGUGUCAUUCUUAGCAUUUCAGGAGUUCGAUAUCCCGAGUAAUGGUGUUUGGGGGCCUCCGGGAUUUGGUUGUCGCUGUUUGUGUUGGGAUCGUAUUCGCGUCCGUUGUUUUACAGGUUACAGCGCAUUGAUGAAGUUUGGGAGCUGUUAAGGCUGACGAAGCUCUCCAUGCGGGUGGAUUUUCGGCCUGCAUUAUGUACCAGUCCACAUCCCCCCCCCCCCGUUUUCACAGAAUUAAUGCAAAUGCC